GGAAUGGUACGUAAGAUGAAGCAGUCGGCAUGACAACCAUGAUGCGAGGGGGUCUAUCUCCUCCCACCCCACCCCUCCUCUGGGAGAUGCCCGUGGUCUGACCCACCGCGGGCCGCUGGGAUCGGGGAUGACAGGUUGGCCGAAAAUCCUGGGCCCCGGGGCGCAUUGAGGACUCCUGUGGUUCAAUCUUAAGCUUUGGGUAUCUGUCCGUCAAUCUGCGGAUCAUUGGGUAACGUAGUCCUCUUCUCUGACUGCUCCUCCUCCUCCUCACCAUGCAUUUUGUUUGUGCUUUAAGAGCAAAACCCCAUUCACCAACUGCUAUCCAUGGCUUUUAUAGAAAUAUCACCUUGUUUGUUGAGGCAGAAUAUAUUGUAACACUUAGUCUGUCAGGGAUCUGACAUUUUUUUUAGGGCCAGUGCAUGCACUGUAGCUGUGUAGUUUGGCAUUAUGUGAAGUUAGUUUGGAUCAGCAUUAAAGUAUAUACCAGAGUCUGAGGUGCACCUGUAGGAAGGAUAUCUUUUAGACAUGGUUAAGGACUAUAACAUGUCAGGUUUAUUAAUGAACUUUACUUUGAUGCUGAGUUUUUUCCCAUGCAUGACGUUUGUAGCAUGACAGCGUUGACAUUUAAAUUUCUGUGUUACUUAAGACCCUAUAAAUUCCAGAAUGAGAUAAUAAAUUUGAGUUGUUCCUUUUAAAGUUAGGUGCUCAACUCUAAGUUAGAUUAGAGGGAUGAGGAAUAAUAUAAUAAUAAUUUAUUUUUUCUUAUCCUUAAUCGUACAUAUUGGAAGGAGGCUGUUGGGUCAUAAGGAGGUUAAUAAACCCCAGUUAAAAGCAUGAUGUACUAGAAUGCAUCCACUCAGUUAUUUGAAUGAUUGAUAUAAAAACAUUUGAUCUCUGUCAGUAUUUACAGUUUUGUAAAUUAUGGGCUGUGUGUAGCCAGCAGAUGAUUUGGUGGUAGUACAGUAUUGUCUUUGCAGUUCAGGUGAAAUGUAGUAAUCUGACAAAGAAUACUUUAUCAUGAUACUAUAUAUUUUCUGGUGCACUGAUGGCAGGAGUAGUAGUCAGUGGUUUAGGUCACAUUACAUUACUGUAGGUUGGAGUGGUGCAAUAGCUCAUUUUAUUGUUUACAGUUCAAGUCUACAGAUGUAUUAGGUUGAUAUUUCUGUUAAAGCUAUGACAUGGUGUGGUUGAGGUUGAGGCCUGUCUAAAGAAUCCCAUACGCUUUCACUGGAACCACAGGAGUUCACAAACCCCAGCAAACUGUCAGGCAUGCAAACAGAUAUAGCUGUUGCUUGAAGUUGGUUGAAACGGAAAAAAUAAGAGAAAUUAAAAAACAGAAGGGCACUUUCUUUUUUACAUUUGUUUCAAAGGGGGAACCAUUAUUUUAUUUUGAUUCCUUUCAUAAAAUAGGACUCCAAGUUCAUUGAUACUUGAUCAGAACUACAUAAAUACCAAAAACCAAGUCAUCAAAGGGGAGCGGCGGAUCCUGAAGGAGCUGGGCUUCUGUGUGCAUGUCAAGCAUCCACACAAGAUUAUCGUCAUGUACCUUCAAGUCCUGGAAUGUGAGAAGAACCAGACGCUGGUCCAGACGGCCUGGGUAGUCCAUGCUGGAACUACAUGAACGACAGCCUGAGGACAAACGUAUUUGUGAGGUUCGAGGCUGAGACUAUUGCCUGUGCCUGCAUAUUCCUCGCUGCCCGUGCUCUGCAGAUACCUUUGCCAUCCAGACCGCAUUGGUACCUACUGUUUGGUGCCAGUGAAGAUGAGAUUAAAGACAUCUGCAUCACCACCCUGAAACUGUACACAAGAAAGAAGCCUAACUAUGACCACCUGGACAAGGAGGUGGAGAGAAGGAGGAUGUUUUUAUCAGAAGCUAAGCUGAAGGCCAAAGGCCUGAAUCCUGAUGGAACCCCCGCACUAUCCACACUGGGCGGCUUCUCCCCCGCGUCCAAACCCUGCUCUCCAAAUGUGGUCAAGGUAGAAGAAAAGUCCCCCAAUCCCCAGACUCUCAAACCAGUUAAGAAGGAGCCAGAAAACCGGGCCCAGGCCAACAAGAGUCCACACAAUGGGUUAAGGAAAGAGGUGAAGAUCGGGAGGAACAGCAGGAGCGGAAGUCGUUCUCGUUCAAGAACGCGUUCCCGGUCUAGAUCCAGAUCCCCUCGCAGACAUUACAACAGCAGACGCAGUCGCUCAGGUACCUACAGUUCUCGCUCACGUUCUCGCUCUCACAGCCGGAGCCCUUCGCCUCGGCGGCACCCGCCCUCGCCCCUUCUCCCCCACCUCAAGACCAAGACCAGUCACCACAGCAAUAGUGACUCCAAGCCUAGCGGGCGCCAUAGCAACAGUGGUGGAUCCGGCCACAAGAGGAAGCGCACGCGCUCUCGGUCAAAGUCCCGCACGCCUCUCAAGGCGGACAGGGAACGGGACAGAGAGAGGGAACGGGAGAGGGACAGAGACCGCAGCACGUUUGACCUCUCUUCAAAAAAACACAAACAUGAGCGAGGAGGUCACAGAGGAGAGCGGAGGGAGAGGGAGAGGUCUCGUUCCUAUGACAGGGAAAGAGAGAGGGAGCGUAGCCACAAGAGCAAACACCACAGCAGUAGUGGACACUCAGGACAUGGUCGUCAUCGGCGCUGAGACAUACACACACUCCCAUCAGACUAGCUCUGGGGCUGAUAGUCCCUGAAGUGUUUUCAGUUUCCUCAAAACAAAAUUAGAUCCUGCAAGUUCUCUGAAUACUGAUGAAUCCAGUUAACUGUCGGUUAAUAACCAGUGUGACUCUGAUCAUUUAAUGAAGACUAAUAUGGAAAGUUCUUCAAAAGUUACACUACAGCUAAUAUGGAAGUCAACCAAAAUCAUGUCAGGAGGCUCGGUCACUUAGAACCAAUCAGAAACAGUCAAAGCCAAACAACGCCAGGUCUGAUUUCAUUUUGUGUAUAACAUCAGCCAAACACCAGCACUGUUGUGUUUCUGGGUUCCUCACAUACAUCCUGAAACAUUUAAACCAUUUAAUUUGUAGGGAUGUAGUUUUUCUCAAACCUGGACUUCUGUUGGCUUCAGCCAAAUAACGCAUACACUGAGUCCUACACACAGCUUCUGUAUGCACACACGUCUUGGUGAUGGAACAUUUAUCCCUUUGACUCUCGCUGACACAGCAGCCGCCUGUAGCUGAUACUUGGCAGAGGUUGUGUUGGUGUAGAGUGAAGUUGUGCAUCAGACGAACCUGCUGCUGUAGUAACUACCAGCAUGGACUGUUUGUAGGUGUUCCAGUCUAGAGCCUUUUCCUGUUUUUUUUCCCACCUGGUUGGUUGUGAUUGGUGAUCGAGUAGAGGUGUCGACAAAGUGCGACAUCAGUUGAGGACCUGUAGGUUUUAAUUUAAAUUUUCCCAUGAUGCCCUCCUCCACACAUACACACCUCGAGCAUCCCUCUAGCCUACCCAUAUGUCUUUGGUUUUACAUGUAAAGUUACGGACUCUGGGGAGAGGAGACUUAUUUACAGUGUAAAGAUGGAUUGAUGAUCCGCUGGCAAAAUGUGAAUGCUUUGAUUUAUAAAAGCAAAACUUGGCCGUGGAAGGAUUGAAUGAAUAAUGUAAAAUACCAGUGAUCAUUCAGGAAAGAUCAUUAUGUUUGCACAUAAAGGGACUGGCAGGAGAGUUUUAGUUUACUUUUGCUUUGUUUUCUUUUUGGACAGGUGCAUGUUGCUAAAGCUGUUGUACAGUUUCAGAAAAAGCAAACUGGGUCUAAACUUCAAUUUAAUUGUCUUUUUUUUUCAGAAGGGGAUGCAGACUUGAUUUCAAAAAAUUUUAGGGUUGUCAAUUUGUUACACUGGUUUUUAGUCUGCACGUGUUCAUGUCCAAUUUUUAUUCAAUAAUAAAUGAGUUAUGCCACUGA